GUGUGUGUGUGUGAAGUAGUUUGUUCCUGAUCUAGCCAGUUCUUCCCUUCUUUCCUUCUCUUUUUCUCUAUUUUUUUCACUGUUUAGAACCACUGUUCACACGCAGCUCAAAGCUCCUCACCAAGAUCCCAACAAUCCCAUCUCUCUCGAUCGCUGAAUUCAAUCCAACACUAUUCAUUUGUACAAUACCUGUCUCUUUAUUUUCCCUCGAAACCCAAAAUUCAGCUAUAAAGUCUCAGUCUUUAUUGAUUCAUACCCAUCUAUAUAUUUUUGUUUCCCAUCAAAUCUCAGAAGAUAGUGAAAAAGGUAUUGCAUUUUAAUGCAUACCCAUUUUUCCAUCCCCUUUCUAUACCUCAAAUUUAGCUCAAAGUUUUGAACUUGAGAUUUGAUUUGCACCACCAUAUGCCCCAUAUCACCAAAAACAAGUAUCGGCUUCAAUAUUGGAUGUGUUGUUAGGAUUGUUAUUAUGGGACCAGAGAAAAGAUGGCUUUUCACUCUCUUCUCUUCAGCAUUCCUUUCACUACUCUUUCUCUUAGUAUAUUCAAUCUCUGCUUUCAGCUCCUCUAAACAGUUUCCUUCUAUAAUUCAUCAUGGAACCCACUACCCUCCUGCUUUUGCCUAUUAUAUAUCGGGCAGCAGAGGGGAUAAGGACCGGAUCCUUAGGCUAUUGCUCGCGGUUUAUCACCCAAGAAACCGUUAUUUAUUGCAUUUGGGCGCUGAAGCAUCAGAUGAGGAGAGAAUGAGGCUUGUUGGGGCUGUAAAUGCAGUGCCUGCAAUUAGGAGUUUUGGGAAUGUGGAUGUUAUAGGGAUGCCCAGUAGGCUUACCUAUAUGGGUUCUUCUAAUCUGGCUGCAAUGUUGCGUGCUGCUGCCAUUUUGUUGAGAAUGGAUGCAGGUUGGACUUGGUUUGUGUCUUUGAGUGCAAUGGAUUAUCCGCUGAUUACUCAGGAUGACUUGGCUCACGUGUUCUCCUGUGUCAGCAGAGACCUCAGUUUCAUAGAUCACACCAGUGAACUUGGGUGGAAAGAAUCUCAGAGAAUUCAGCCUAUUGUAGUUGACCCCGGAAUUUACUUAGCCAGGAGGAGCCAGAUAUUUCACGCUACAGAGAAGCGGCCAACUCCUGAUGGUUUCAAAUUAUUUACAGGUUCCCCAUGGGUCAUCCUGAGCAGACCAUUUCUUGAAUUUUGUAUUCUUGGUUGGGAUAACCUUCCUCGAACCCUUCUUAUGUACUUCAACAAUGUGGUCUUAUCUGAAGAAAGCUAUUUUCACUCUGUCAUUUGCAAUGCACCAGAGUUUAAGAAUACAACUGUAAACAGUGAUCUAAGGUAUAUGGUCUGGGACAAUCCUCCGAAGAUGGAACCCCAUUUUCUUAAUACAUCUGAUUACGAUCUGAUGGUUCAAAGUGGAGUGGCUUUUGCAAGGCAGUUUCAGAGGGAUGACCCUGUGCUAGACAAGGUUGAUGAGAAGAUCCUUAAGCGUGGGCACAAGCGAGCUGCCCCAGGUGCAUGGUGCACCGGCCGUAGAACCUGGUGGAUGGAUCCUUGCUCCCAGUGGGGUGACGUCAAUGUUGUGAAGCCUGGUCCUCAGGCUAAGAAAUUUGAGGAGACCAUUAAAAACCUUCUUGAUGAAUGGAACUCUCAGAUGAAUCAGUGCAAGUGAAAGAUGCACAUAUUAUAGGUUUAUUGUCCGAGACUGGUGCAGUUUUUUUCGCAUCUGAAUUUUGUCUACCACUUCGGAGGAUGACCAUCAAUCGACAUUGAUUGUUUGAUGUUUAGGUCCGUUUAUUGGGCUACUCCCCUCACAGGCUAUGAUAUUGUUUGUAGGAGUGGCAGAGUCGAAGGGAAACAAGUGAAUUUACUUGGAGGUUUUUCUGAAUUGCGUCCUGUCAUGGAACUGGUAAACUGUGCAUCAAUAAGAGGAUCUCCCCCUUUAUGCUGCCAUCGGCACGCCCUUGUAUGUUCAAUCUGUUCUUCAAAAGUUGUAACGGAAGCUCAUUCACUAAAUUCUUAUUUGCUCUCUAUCUCAGUAUGUAUUGGCAAAUGGCAAGAAGGAUUAAACAAGGAAAGCGUAGCUUAUUUUAAUGGAAAAAUGGUUAAAAACAUUUAGAUGGA